AUGGAUUCUGAAGAGACAAUUAAUCAAGCCGUUAAAUUCGCUAAAGAUGCUGUUGUAGAGGAUGAGAAGAAAAACUACAAAGCUGCAUUAAAUUUAUAUAUACAGAGUUUGCAAUAUUUUAAUUUUUUCUGCAAGUAUGAAAAAAAUUCAAAUAUCAGGGAAUUAAUUUUAAAAAAAAUGGAAAUAUAUAUGGAAAGAGCUGAAAAUUUAAAAGAGAUAAUCAAUAAGAAGGAAAAUAUGGAAACAAAGGAAAAAAUAGGUGGAGGAGGGGGAAGCACAGAAGAAAUUAAAGAAAAUAUGAAAAAACAGGUAAAAGAUUUUAUUUUGAACAAAGACAAAACUGUGAAGUGGUCAGAUGUAUGUGGGUUAGAAACAGCAAAAGAGAUAUUAAAAGAAGCUAUCAUAUUCCCUUUAAAAUUUCCGAAACUUUUUAAUUCGUCUUCUUUGCCAUAUAAAGGUAUUUUAUUAUAUGGGCCACCCGGUACUGGAAAAACAUUCUUAGCAUUAGCAUGUUCUAAUGAAUGUAACAUGAAUUUUUUUAAUGUAUCAUCAUCUGACUUAGUUAGUAAAUAUCAAGGUGAAAGUGAAAAAUAUAUUAAAUGCUUAUUCGAUACUGCCAAAGAGUAUGCACCUUCAAUCAUUUUUAUAGACGAGAUUGAUUCGUUAUGUGGGUCUAGAACAGAUGGAGAAAAUGAAUCAACUAGAAGAAUAAAAACAGAAUUUUUAAUAAAUAUGAGUGGUUUAAGUAAUUAUAAUAACAAUAUUAUAGUUAUGGGGGCAACUAACACCCCUUGGUCAUUAGAUAGUGGCUUUAGGAGGAGGUUUGAAAAAAGAAUAUACAUCCCACUUCCAAACUUGUAUGCAAGGAUGAAAAUAUUUCAAAAGUAUAUAAAUAAAAGCGAGAAUAAUGAAAGUUUUUCAGAUGGAAAGAACGAAAGUACGAAUGACUGUCCAAGUAACAUAGGAAAAGAAGAUAUUAAGUAUUUUGCAACCUUGACUGAAAAUUAUACAGGUGCUGAUAUUGACAUUAUAUGCAGAGAUGCCAUUUAUAUGCCUGUAAAAAAAUGUCUCCUUUCUAAAUUUUUUAAACAAGUAAAAAAAAAUAACAAAAUUUUUUACACUCCAUGUUCUCCUGGAGACCCUGACUUAACAAAAGUUGAGAAAAACGUAAUGAGUUUAAAUGAAAACGAAUUAUUAUUGCCUCCCUUAUCUGUACAAGACUUCAAAACAGCCAUAUCCAAUGCUAAGCCGUCAUUAUCUGUCGAUGAUUUGAAAAGGUAUGAUGAAUGGACCAAACAAUAUGGGAUGAAUGGAACGUGA